AGGCAGCCCCAGCCGUGCUGGGACCAGUGCUCCCGGUCAGGGCGGCUCCUGGGGACACGCACGAGUACGUGGUGGAGACCAGGUCCUCGCCUGAUGGCAGCCCGAGGGCCCCAUUCGAGGCCCCGCUCCCUGAUGCUCCACUUAGGAAUUUUGGUAGCACCGCUUGUUCGGGAUUUCGGGUUAUGCGACGUGCCGUGAGGCGAUUUAAGUCCACACCUAGGCCUUUGUGCUUAGUAGCACCACCCAAAUCGGCCAGCUCCGCUUCUCAGCCUUGUGCAAAUGAGCCCUGCCAACAUUUUAGCACCCCCGUGUAUAUGCUGACACUGUGUUCGUCGUGCUGAGAGGCUGUUCUGCCUCCCCGAAGACCAGGCUCAUCGACGCAAGAAACUGGUGCUUCAGCACCAGGGAAAUGGUCACGGUUGUAAAGAGGAAAAAAACAUUUUAGCCCUGUCCUUGAUGCAAAAAGGGAAUAUUGGAUACAUUAAAUUGCCAGCUGUAUAGGGUGAGCAGGGGCUAAAGGCCCCUCUGCUCUCUCCUGUGAAAUGUAAAGUUUGAAAGAAGAACUGUGACUGGAGUCGGCUGAUCUGUGAGGUUGCCAGGCCAGGCACGUGGAAGGGAAAGCCUUUUUAUCUACCAUUAACUUCUGUUUCUUGAUGAGCACUGUAGAGCAACAGAUACGAUUAAAAACUACCUGAAAAUAGAUGUUAAGAUCAAAAUGAGUCUUGUCAACCAAGGAAUAAAAGCCUUAUUGUGUGGCAGUCUGCCAGUGUACUACCAGUCUAAAAAUUUGAUUUCAGAGUCUAGAAAUAGUUCUGUUGUUCAGCAAGUCCUGCUGUAGCCUUCAGCACAGGUGAGGAUCUUGUGCCAGGAAGAAUGGAACUGCUUUACAGCUGGUAAGUAAAUUUCAAAGAGGAUUAUUGGCAGCAAUUGCAUUUUACAUGUCCAAAGGAUAUAAAACCAAAUACAAAUCGCUGGGCAUUUGCUGUAUUCGAGCAAUGUCUAGGUAGCACAGCAUUUCCAAGUGAAAAUGAUAACUGCCAGAGCUGGGUAUCUGGUUUGAUUUAAUUCCUACUGAGCACUGCAUUGAAACAGAAAUUGAAGUAAAGAAAGGUUAGGUCGCUCAAAAAGACAUGAAAACAAAUGGAGUUUUUCCCUAUUAAAUGGAUCAUUGUCAACGGAUGGGAGGUUUUUUCCUGUCAGACUAGUGAAAUAAGUGCUGACAAAAAUUUUGCUUUCUGUAUUGCCACAAAAAUUGCAGUGCCGUGUGGUGCCAAACCCAGUGCAGUCAGUCUAUCAUGAAAAACAAAACCAAAAAAUUCCUCUUAGGAGGUCCCUUGUAUCAUUACAAAGAGCUGAACUUCUCUCAGCUUAUGCUAAAAAUCUCUUAAAUGGAAAACCAGGCCAUACUGGAGCGCCAGGCCAUGUCUCCACUUUUCUUCUUGUAGGUGGGAAACUACUUGCGUAUGUUUCGGGGUUCCCUGUACAAGAGAUAUCCCUCGCUCUGGAGGCGACUAGCCACAGUGGAAGAAAGGAAGAAGAUAGUGGCCUCUUCACAUGAAAAUCAGCGGUCUCACAGUCCCAGAAGAUAUCAUGGCUAUACAACACUAGCCACUAGUGUGACACUGUUAAAGGCCUCUGAAGUGGAAGAGAUCUUGGACGGAAAUGAUGAGAAGUAUAAGGCAGUGUCUAUCAGCACAGAGCCUCCCACCUACCUCAGAGAACAGAAGGCAAAGAGGAACAACCAGUGGGUACCGACCCUGCCCAACAGCUCUCAUCACCUGGAUGCAGUGCCGUGCUCAACGACGAUUAACAGAAAUCGCAUGGGCAGGGAUAAGAAGAGGACAUUCCCUCUGUGCUUUGAUGACCAUGACCCAGCAGUGAUCCAUGAGAAUGCAUCCCAGCCAGAGGUUCUGGUUCCAAUCAGGCUUGAUAUGGAAAUUGAUGGGCAGAAACUCAGAGACGCGUUUACGUGGAACAUGAAUGAAAAGCUAAUGACCCCAGAAAUGUUCUCUGAGAUCCUUUGCGAUGACCUGGAUUUGAAUCCUCUGACCUUUGUCCCUGCUAUUGCCUCUGCCAUCCGACAACAGAUCGAGUCGUACCCAACUGACAGUAUCCUGGAAGAUCAGUCAGACCAACGAGUUAUUAUUAAGCUAAACAUCCACGUAGGGAACAUCUCCCUUGUAGACCAGUUUGAAUGGGACAUGUCAGAGAAGGAGAAUUCACCGGAGAAGUUUGCCUUGAAGCUGUGCUCAGAGCUUGGUCUCGGUGGGGAGUUUGUCACUACCAUUGCGUACAGCAUCCGGGGACAGCUGAGUUGGCAUCAGAAGACGUAUGCCUUCAGCGAGAACCCUCUGCCGACGGUGGAAAUUGCCAUUCGCAACACGGGGGAUGCUGACCAGUGGUGCCCUCUUCUGGAAACCCUCACAGAUGCCGAGAUGGAGAAGAAGAUCAGAGACCAGGACAGAAAUACAAGGCGCAUGAGGCGUUUGGCCAAUACUGCUCCAGCCUGGUAACCUUCCUGUUGUGACACUGGUGCUCUUCCUACAGACUUUAUCCCUACUCCUCUCCCCUGAUGGAUCUAGGAUUGGCAGGGGUCUUUCUGUCCCUGAAGCGGACACACAUUCCACUUGCCAAGAGUUCCCAGUACUGCUGACUUCUGCCCCAUCCCCUCCACCUAAAUGCCACGUACCAAGAACGCUGCAUUAGCACGUGCUCUAGCUGAGACCCGUGGCAGCUGUUGGAGCCCUUCUAUACCUGUGUGUGGACAGUGUAAAGAUUCUUUUGUAUAGGUGCAACACGCACUGUUAGGACAACUUUUUAAAUAAAAGGAAUGCAUAUGACUUAGGUUGAGUUCAGU